AUGUCCAGAACAAUUACAUUCGAUAUACCAUCACAAUACCAAUUAGUAGAUUUAAUAGGAGAAGGUGCAUAUGGUACAGUUUGUUCUGCAAUUCAUAAACCGUCUGGAGUUAAAGUUGCCAUCAAAAAAAUUCAACCAUUUAGUAAAGCAAUGUUCGUAACAAGAACAUUAAGAGAAAUCAAAUUAUUAACAUAUUUCCAUAAUCACGAAAAUAUAAUUAGCAUAUUAGAUAAAGUGAAACCAAUUUCUGUGAAUAAAUUAAAUGCAGUUUACCUCGUGCAAGAAUUAAUGGAAACAGAUUUACAAAAAAUUAUAAUGAAUAGUAAUAAUAAUCCAUUGAGUGAUGAUCACAUUCAAUAUUUCACUUAUCAAAUAUUAAGAGCUUUGAAAGCAAUUCAUAGCGCACAAGUAAUACAUAGAGACUUAAAACCAUCAAACCUUUUAUUGAAUUCAAAUUGUGAUUUGAAAGUUUGUGAUUUCGGUCUUUCAAGAUGUUUAACAAGUAGUAGUGAUUCAAGAGAAACUUUGGUUGGUUUCAUGACAGAAUAUGUAGCUACAAGAUGGUAUAGAGCUCCAGAAAUAAUGUUAACUUUCCAAGAGUAUACAACUGCAAUGGAUAUUUGGUCCGUUGGUUGCAUCCUUGCUGAAAUGGUUUCAGGAAGACCACUUUUCCCAGGUAGAGAUUAUCAUCAUCAAUUAUGGUUAAUAUUAGAAGUCCUAGGUACUCCCUCAUUAGAAGAUUUCGCCCAAAUUAAAUCCAAAAGAGCCAAAGAAUAUAUUUCAAAUUUACCAAUGAGAAGCCCCAUGCCAUGGGUUAAUGUCUUGAAUACACAACGGAAUUUAAAUCCAGAUAUGUUAGAUCUUCUCACGAAGAUGCUAUUGUUCAAUCCUAAUAAAAGAAUCACUGCAGCAGAAGCUCUCAAUCAUCCAUAUUUGGCCACUUAUCAUGAUCCAGAAGAUGAACCUGAUUAUCCACCAUUGAAUUUAAAUGAUGAAUUUUGGAAAUUAGAUAAUGAAAUUAGACAACCUGAUGAUGAAGAAAUAUCAAUGGAUAUUUUAAAGCAAAUGCUUUAUGAUGAAGUCAUUAAAACUAUGGAUUGA